AUGAUUACUCGACGAGUAGUCAAUAAACAUCGAUACCGUCGUCCACGGACAGCUCGAACUGAUGUGAAUAUUAAGAAGCUCAAGCAAAAGCUGCAACGACAAAAGUUAUCAACUACAAAAGUUGCAUGUGAAUUUGGUGUAUCUCCUAUGGUGAUAUUGGAUAAAGGCCAACUCGGCCAUGACCGAUACAUCAAAGAAGUACUUCCAGUGGCACUUAAAUAUGGAAACCACGUCUUUGGAAAUGACUGGACAUUCCAGCAAGAUGGUGCUACACCACAUACUCAUCGUUUGACACAACAAUGGUGUCACGACGAUUUUCCAUCAUUCAUCGAUAAAGACCAUUGA